UCCUUAUCCAGCUUAUCAGGCCCCUUUAGGCUUAGCGCCACAGUCACACUGGCUUGCACACGAAAAUUGCCAAACCACCAGAGAUUAGCCCCGAAAUAGCAGAAAACCCAGCAAGUGUUUUUGCGCCUUACGACGUGACUCAGCCAUCAACACCACAGCAUCAGCGUCCGGAUUUUUAAAUUUCAGCGACACAACCCCCGCCGAAUCCAUCCCCCUCUCGCUGCAUCCGAACUCGAUUUAACCUCUCCGACCUUUCAAGCUUUUUUUUAGUUUCUCGACAAACCACCCCUCCUCCUAGUGCGCAGCCCGUCAACCUGCCCCGCCUCGCCAACAUGGAUGCCAACGGCGAACGCAAGUACGACAUCGACUCCGACUCCGACUCGGGCGAGUCCAUCGACGUCCCUACCGACAAGGGCCUCAAGUCGGCCCUCAAGAAGAACGACGGCGUCCGCGAAGAGACCAACGUCAAGCCCCCGCUGCCCCCGCAAACUGAUCCCAAGGAUCUCGACGUCAAGACUCUCACCCCUCUCACUCCUGAAAUUAUCGCCCGCCAGGCCACAAUCAACAUCGGCACCAUCGGCCACGUCGCUCACGGAAAAUCUACCGUCGUAAAAGCCAUUUCCGGCGUCCAGACUGUCCGUUUCAAGAACGAGCUUAUCCGUAACAUUACCAUCAAGCUUGGUUACGCCAACGCAAAGAUUUACAAGUGCGACAAUGAGCAGUGCCCCCGCCCUACCUGCUUCAGAAGCUACAAGAGUGACAAGGAGGUCGACCCUGCUUGCGAACGCGAUGGCUGCAGCGGUACCUACAGACUCCUCCGCCACGUCUCGUUUGUCGAUUGCCCUGGUCACGAUAUUCUCAUGAGCACCAUGUUGUCAGGUGCCGCCGUCAUGGACGCCGCCCUGCUGCUCAUUGCCGGCAACGAAUCUUGCCCCCAGCCCCAGACUUCGGAGCACUUGGCUGCUAUCGAAAUCAUGAAGCUCGACAAGAUCAUUAUCCUGCAGAACAAGGUCGACUUGAUGAGAGAGGAAGCUGCCCAGCAGCACUAUGACUCCAUCCUCAAGUUCAUCCGUGGUACCGUUGCCGGAAAGUCUCCCGUCAUCCCCAUCUCUGCCCAGCUCAAGUUCAACAUUGACGCCGUCAACGAGGCCAUUGUUAACACCAUCCCUGUCCCUCUGAGAGACUUCACCAUGGACCCCCACAUGAUUGUCAUCCGAUCCUUUGACGUCAACAAGCCCGGUGCUGAGAUUGACGACCUCAAAGGUGGUGUUGCUGGUGGUUCUAUCCUCCACGGUGUCGUCAAGCUCGGUGACGAGGUCGAGAUCCGUCCCGGUAUUGUCUCGCGUGACGACGGCGGUGCCAUCAAGUGCACUCCAAUCUUCUCGCGCGUUGUGUCGCUCAACUCCGAGUCCAACGACCUCAAGUACGCCGUUCCCGGUGGCUUGAUUGGUGUUGGUACCCGCAUUGACCCUACCCUCUGCCGUGCCGAUCGUCUUGUCGGUUUCGUCCUAGGUCUCAAGGGCAAGCUCCCCGAGAUCUACAGCGAGAUCGAAAUCAACUUCUACCUCCUCCGCCGUCUUCUCGGUGUCCGCACCGCCGAUGGCAAACAGGCCAAGGUUGCCAAGCUGGCCAAGAACGAAGUCAUCAUGGUCAACAUUGGUUCCACCUCUACUGGUGCCAAGGUUGUUGCCAUCAAGAACGAUGCCGCCAAGUUGGUCCUCACCAGCCCUGCCUGCACAAGCAUCGGCGAGAAGGUCGCUCUCUCGCGCCGUAUCGAGAAGCACUGGCGUCUCAUUGGUUGGGCCACUAUUGCUGCUGGUGUCACUCUUCAGCCUAGCACUUCUUCUUAAAUUCAAAACAAAACAUAAUGAAACGAGCAUGAAGAGAAGGCCUCAGCCAUCUGCACACACCAUAUAUACCAAGGUGCAGUCCCUAGCGUGAUUGACGUUAUGGCGACGGCGGCUAAGUGACAUGAUUGAUGAUGAGGUGCUAUCAAACGACAACGAUCGGAAAAAAAGAGAUCGAACAGAAGCGAAGCUCCUGGAAAGAAAAGCUUGGUUGAAUUUUUCGGAGUGUGGGCUGUCAUGUAGGUGUAGACGUUUUAUCUUUAGAGCAAUGAGAAAAAAAUCAGUAUAUCUUUGUCAAAAUACUCCAUCCAAAAUGGGGGACUAGGCUUGCAAUGUAUCUCAUGUGUAUGUGAUGAUGUAUUAUUUACACCAGCUAUCGGUGUCGUGGUGGUUUUUAAAUAAUUAAGACGUAGCGCUUUUGGCUACUUUCGUACUUUACGCGCAUGCUUGACCAGAUUCUCAAUAACGCCUUCAAAUGCUUCUCGAUCGCCAAUUUUUUCAUCUGUCUUCUUUUGCCAAUACUCUAGGGCUUCUUUUGCCACUCCCUCCAAAGCUUCCAGCUUCACGAUGUGAGCCAUGAGCUCCUCGUCCGUCAUGCCAUCGAGCGCCUCGUCUGUCGUGCUGCAUAGAUACUUGGCCGCCACAAGGUCCAACUCCGGUUCCGGCGCAGGGCCCUUUUUACGCUUAGAUGUAGAUGAUGCUGAUGGCUUGCCCUGUGCAUCAAGUGAUGUAGUGGAGGCGUUGCCGUCGCCUUGGCGGAGGUUGCUGACGGACCGCGAGUCUGAUGAGGUGCGCGGUGAUGUUGCAGAGAGGUUGAGUGAUGGGAGGACGAGUUUCUUCUGUUUCGACGCUGGGAGGAUUUCAUCAAGAUCGACAGGUACGCCGAGCGAGACUAGGAAUAGCCGUCGUGUGCGGGAUCGGAUCCAGUCUGGAGGCGCCAGCGGAGGCGGUGCGACUAGCUGCGACCAGAGCGAGGCUGAUCGAGGAGUCAGGAAUACGGAUGAGUCUUUCGAAAGAGGAGGUAGUGUGGGAAUAUCGAGAGUUUCGGGAGGAAAGAGUGCCGUGAGGAGGGGAUCGCUUGUCGACAUGACUUCGUCUGGACCCAGUCCGUCAAAAUCGGGGAUA